ACGAUUUUGCUUAUGAAAGUUUUAUUCUUUUUUUAAAAAUGCAAUUUUUUGCAUUAAUAUACUUAACGUAUUUAAUAGUACCAGGCAUACACACCGAAGAUGUCAGUUAUCAAGCAUGCGUGGAUAAAUAUUCUAGAAAAGGUUAUCAGCCCUGGCAGGAAUGGUCCGAUCAUUACACAUGCCAUAGAUACAGAUGUGAAAUAAGAGACGGGAAAUAUUUCAUUGCAGCUGUUGGGUGCCGAAAACCAAAAAUUCCAGAAAAUGCAUUAGAAUGUCAUGAGUACAUUGAAGAUGAAAACGUUGAAUUCCCAACGUGUUGCGCGAGAUUGAGAUGUGUUGUUGAAGUGAACGGUGAGAGAAUAGUGCAGACCAGAGGACAGCCAGGGGAACUGUUCCCUGACAAACCAUGGAAGGGCCAGCAGAACGAGCCCAAUCCAGCGGUAGUUGGCAUGGGCAGUAUUCAACAGAACACGGUUGGCGGUGAGGCGCAGACGCAGUCCGCACCGGGGAUAUUCAACAGCAGAGGCGCAGGCAAGCAAACGGAUGGCAACGAUAUUAACGGACGUCGCUUCGUGGACCCCUACCCCAGUCAGCAGAUGCAAGAAAAUCCACGAAGGAAGAGGUCAACGGUGUACCCGAUAUUCGAUAAAAACAUGGUACGAGAAUCAAACGCGUACCAACCGCAUCAAGUUAAAUUACACGGGUAUUCCGCAGAGAAAUACACAUCGUAUUUCACGAAUAAUAUAAAAAGUCUAUCUAACUCGAAACAUCUUUUCAAUCAAAAUUAAUAUGUUUUCUUUAAUAUUGGCCUGUGCGAGACGAUAUCAAAGAAUAAUUUCGACUAUAUAAUAUGUACGACUAACCUGGACAUAUCGGAUUGUAAUGUCUCUUGUAUCAUUGUUAUUGCUUAAUGAACUUUGUUACUUUUGAUAAAAACUAAUUAAUAUAAUUUGUUUGUUCUAGAA